AAUGCCACUUUUUGGCUGGAUGAAAUGGCCAAAACACGAAUCCUACAGACCCAAGCACUAUCCUGACUCAGAUGUGGUGACAAAGACUCUGCUUCGGGAACUAAAAUGGCAUCUAAAGGAGAGAGAGAGAUUAACACAAGAGAUCGAAAACGAGCAGACAGUGAGGAAAACAGGUGUGGAUUACACCUGGCUGAGAAACUACCAGAGUCCCCAGGCGGCCAUCCCAGCUACUGAGCAAAGACAACUGGAAGUCCUCUGCUCACAAGUUCAGCCGCGCCAAGCUGCAACUGUGCUCAGCAGAUUUCGAGAAGUUUUGGCGGAAAAUGACGUACUGCCAUGGGAAAUCGUCUACAUCUUCAAGCAAGUUCUGAAAGACUUCCUAAGUAGCACUGACAGAGGCAGUCAGCAAGAGGGCCUGGAACAGUCACGGAGCACAGACUGUCCUGUUCCUUCUGCGAUCCCAGGUGAAAACACCAGGAGUCCAGGCAAAGAGGAAAUACCCACUAUUUCCAGUUACGUGGACAGAAGCACAAGGAACCGGCUCCCAGCAUUCUCACACAGAGUAUGGAACCUCCCACAUUACUACCCAUCAAGUUAAAUUACUGUAACCCGGGCAAUCCUUAUGACCAACUUAGUAUCAGAACUCUUAGGAUCAAGGGUAAGAGGAAGUGAUGUGACACCACGCUUGUCUCUGUUGCGAGCUCAGAAGUUAACAUUCCUGUAUGUAGCCUGUGUUUUAAAUAGUGUUCCUUUUUUAAGCAUUCUAAAAAUGCAAUGUUUUCUUUGAACAGUAUGCUUUUAACUAAAGUGCUUCCUAAAUAUUUUGAAAAAAUGUUUGAAGUGUUUUCUUAUACCUCAAACA